AUGUUCCAAGCUAUGUGCCCUGGGGAGCAGCAGCCAUCCUCGGCCUGGCUUAUCCUGUCCCAGCAGCAAACUCAGGCACCGUCUGUCCCGCUGGCUAACUGCUGGGCCGAUGAGGACUGCCCUGAAGGGGAGACAGGCACACACAGCCACGCACCCCGGCCUAGGCCCUCCCAGGCUCUGUGGAGACUUGAGGGCCUGGAGUUCAUCUUGUGUUUUCAAGACAUAAAAACAGGCCGGAAGCCCCUGCUGAUCCAGGCCCAGAACUUUACUCUGUUCAUCAAAAACACUAUCACCUUCAGCAAGUUCAACUUCUCCAAGUCCAAUGCCUUGGAGACCUGGGACCCCACCUACUUCAAGCACUGCCAGUACGAUCCACGCUCCAGCCCCUACUGCCCUGUGUUCCGCAUUGGGGACCUUGUGGCCACGGCCGGAGGGUCCUUCGAGGACCUGGCGUUGCUCGGCGGCUCUGUGGGCAUUAGUGUCUGCUGGGAUUGCGACCUGGACACCGGGGGCUCUGACUGCCAGCCCCGCUACUCCUUCCAGCUGCAGGAGAGGAGCUACAACUUCAGGACAGCCACACACUGGUGGGAGGACCCAGGCGUGGAGGCCUGGAGCCUGCUCAAGCUGUACGGGAUCCGCUUUGAUAUCCUUGUCACUGGGCAGGCAGGGAAGUUCGGGCUCAUCCCUACAGCCAUCACUCUGGGCACCGGGGCAGCUUGGCUGGGCACAGUCACUUUCCUCUGUGACCUACUGUUGCUUUAUGUGGACAGAGAAGCCCACUUCUACUGGAGGACAAAGUAUGAGGAGGUACGUUGCAGGCCUGCUGGGGGCCUCGAGUUGAGGCCACUUUGCCCAGAUACUGAGGAGAGUCACACUUCAGGGGAUGUUGGCCCAAUCCCUGACCUGCUGUCUUUGUCUGCAGGCAAAGGCCCCGAAGGCAAGUGCCAACUCUCUGUGGAGCAAGCUGCCCAAGUGCUUUAGACAGGGCUGAGCACCUGCCCCCAUGACCACUGUUGCUGGGAGCCAAACACCAACACCAGGGUGGCCCUGUCCAGGCUCUGGCACCCACUCACUGGCCUG